AUGCGGUUUGCCCGUGGGCGCCUCCACCCCAGCCGCCACCCCCACACACUGCCGCACCUGCAUCGGCUGCUGCUGCUGCUGCUGCUCAUGCCAAUACUGAUGUUUGGGAUGUCGCUUGCGGCUGCAGCACAGCCCCUCGAGCGUCCACACAUCGUGUUCAUCCUCGCCGACGACCUGGGCUGGAAUGACGUCGGCUUCCAUGGGUCUGACGAGAUUCCGACACCCAACAUCGACGCUCUGGCGUACCACGGGGUGAUCCUCAACAGCCACUACGUGCAACCUCUGUGCACGCCGUCCAGGGCCGCUCUCCUCACCGGAAAGUACCCCGUGCACACCGGCAUGCAGCACCUGGUGAUCCUGGAGCCGGAACCGUGGGGCCUUCCUCUGAACGAGACGCUGCUCCCACAGCGCCUGCGGGGGCUCGGCUACGCGACGCACGCCGUCGGCAAGUGGCACCUGGGCUUCUACAAGAGGGAGUACACGCCCACCUACCGUGGCUUCGACUCCCACUUCGGCUUCUGGAACGGCUUUCAGGACUACUACGAUCACACCGUACAGGCCUCCUUCUCGCCGUUCAGAGGCUACGACAUGCGCCGCGGGUUGGAGGUGGACUACGACAGCGCGGGCCGCUACUCGACCGACGCCUUCAGCGAGGAGGCGGAGCGCGUCAUAGCGCGUCACGACGCCUCGCGGCCGCUCUUCCUCUACCUGUCGCACCUGGCGCCGCACGCCGGCAACCCGGCGCAGCCGCUGCAGCCGCCGCCGGGGCCGCUGCCGGACCUCCGCCACAUUGGCGACCCCGCCAGGAGGGCCUACGCAGCGAUGGUGUGGCGACUGGACGAGUCCGUGGGCCGCGUGGUGUUCGCCCUGGAGAGGCGCGGCCUGCUGGACAACUCUCUGCUGGUGUUCGCCUCGGACAACGGGGCGGCCACGAGCGGCGUGCACGCCAACCACGGCUCCAACUGGCCCCUCAGGGGGAUGAAGGGCACACCCUGGGAGGGUGGCGUGCGCGGCGUCACCGCAGUCUGGAGUCCGCGGUUGAAGCCCAGGGUUUCCCGGCAACUGAUGCACAUCACGGACUGGAUGCCCACUCUGUACUCGGCCGCCGGGGGUGACGUGCGGUCUCUGGGCCGCCUGGACGGAGUCGACAUGUGGCCAUCGCUACUACGUGGUGGCACCAGCUCCCCGCGUCGUCACGUGCUCAUCAACAUCGACGACCGCGAGGGCUACGCCGCUCUGCGCGUCGGAAACUUAAAAUACGUUAACGGAUCGGCGUUUCUGGGGUUCCUGGACGGCUGGGAGGGGUCGCCGGGACGCCGCGGCCACUACAACGUCACGAGCGUCUACCUCAGCCCGGCGUGGAGGGCGCUGUCCCGCUACACCAAGGUGACGGGGGAGACUGUGGCGGCCGCUCGCAGCGCCGCCCUGGUGGAGUGCCCUGGUGACGACGGAGAGGCAGUCGAGUGCGACCCGCUGGUGGAGCCGUGCCUGUUCGACGUGGAGGCGGACCCCUGCGAGAGGCGGAACCUUUACAGGGGACCGGACGGCCGCUUCGGCCGCCGCUUCGAGGAGGUGCUGGACCUCUACAGGCGGACAGCCCGGCAGCCGCUCAACGUCGACGCCGACGAUAAUGCGGACCCUGCGCGCUGGAACAACACGUGGACCACCUGGGGGGACUUCGUCCACUGA